AUGUGUUGUGGAACAGAAACACAAAAUACCUGUUUUUAUAUGAGAUUAAUGAUUUGUAUAUUAACAUUAUUAUUACUUUUUAAUGUUAGGGCUGUAUCUCCUACAUUAAUUGAUAGUUAUAUAUUAAAUAUUCUUAUAAAAGGUGGACUUUUUGGUGCUUUAUUUUAUAUUGUAAUAUUAUUAAAAGAUAAAUGGAAUUUUGGUGAAACAUCAAAUAAAACAGAUAUUAUUGGAAAUAUUCUUUAUCAACUUGAUGCAAUUGCAGCCAUCUGUAUUGGUACAGCUUGGAUUACUUUUCCACGAUGGCUUCUUCAUAGACAGGUUAAAAUUCAACUUAAUGAAUCACAUGAUUUUAUUGGAAGAAUGAUGGGUGUUUGUUUUAUUUCUUCAUAUAUAGUAAGCACACGGGCACUUCAUUGGAAAAAAUUAUCUGAUAGAUCUGGUGCAAUUUCCUGUAGAACAAUUUGUUGCUUAGGAAUAUUAUCUGCUCAAAUAUGGUCUCAGUAUGCUUAUCAUGAUGAUUGGAAUGAUAAUCAUUGGAUAGGAAUAUCCCUAUUUUCAACAUGGACUGGUAUUGCUAUAUUAUAUCAAGUAUCGUUUUGGUUAACAAAAAUAUAUACUAAUAAAACAAAAAAAAAUUAA